CACGGCCGGGGCCCGGCGUGGCGCGGCUCUCCGGGCAGCCGAGGGGGUGGACGCCUUUCCCUCAGCCUCGAGGAGAGACAAGCGAGAGGGAACCUUAUUGAUGCGCAUCUACAAGGGGGUGGUUGCCAAGGGAAUGGAGCCAGGCUCUUCUCACUGGUGCCAGCCGCUACAAGAGGCAACAGGCAGAAACUGAUGCGCAGGAGGUUCCACCUUUAGGUGGAAUAUUAGGAAGAACUUCACUAUGCAGGUGACCGUGGAACAGAUUGCCCAAAGCAGUUGUGGAAUCUCCCUCACCGGAGACAUUCCAAAACCAUCUGGCUGCAAUCUGGUGCCGUGUGCUGUAGGACGACCCUGCUUGUGCAGGGAGGUUGGAGCAGAUGACCCGCUGUGGUCUCUUCCAAUCUGACCCGCUCUGUAAUUAUGUGAUUCUGUGAACCCGGGAAGCGGCUGGGGUGAGGGGUGGGUGUGAACAGCAGAGACCUGCAGGAACAUGACAGACACUGCUGCCUUUUCUCCACAGCUGAAGAAGCUGGAUCAGGCCGUGUCUGCCGCUCACACCUUCUUUGUCGCUAAUCCCCAGCACCUCCAAAUGCGGGAGGACAUCGAGAAGUACCGGCGUAUGUCAGGGGUGAAGUCAGACAGCUUCCAGGACCUGGAGGCUAUUCCACACUGGGAAGCAUAUGAGACUGGUGUGCAGCACUAUGAUGCAGAUGAGUACCUGCAGGCCGUGGCCAGGCUGGAGGAGUCACUCUCAGAGGCACUGUCAGCACUGGAAGAUUGUCGUGCCCUGUGUGAAGGGCCUUGGGAGGAUGAGGAUGAGGAGGAGAAAAUGCAACCUGGCCUGUACGAAGCCAUUGCAGCCCAUUACAUUCAGGUUUUGAAGUGCAGGCAGCAGUGCGUCCUGGAAAUUGCCACAAAGCCGGGGAGAAUUUCUGCCACAGAAGAUUUCAUACCCUCUCAUCUUGAUUUACUGCAGUUUGCCUACAGCCAAGUUGGGAACCACACACUAGCUGCUGAAUGUGCUGCUUCCUACUUGCUCUUCUAUCCCUCGGAUGAGCCCAUGUUGGAGAAAAUGAAACAGUAUCGCUCAGAACUGGGAGAGGAUGCAGCUGUCACAGCCAGACAGAGUAUUCAGCAUUAUGUGCAGAGAUCUUUGAUGGAGAAGAAGUUAAUUUAUUAUGCAGUGGAGCAUCUGGGAGAAACUUUUAAUGACCCUGAUCUUUGGACUCCAGAUGAGCUGAUUCCUGAAAACUUAAAGGAGAAAUACAGAGAGGAUCAGGAGAAGCAAAAGCACGAAACUCUGGAUGGGGAAGAGAGGGAGAAGAGGGGUCCUCUGCCUUUUGAGGGUAUUGUUGUCACGAUGGAUUCCCAGCAGAUGAAUGGAACCCAGAGGGUUGUGUUCGACAGAGUGCUGACAGAGUCUGAGUGUAAGGACCUUCUCCGACUGACAAAGGCAGCAGGGGAAGCAGGAGAUGGAUACCGGGCAAGACGGUCGCCUCACACCCCACAUGAGAGAUUCGAAGGGUUAACUGUUUUGAAGGCUGUGCAGCUGGCCCAAAGUGGGGACGUGGAAUGGAGAGACGCCAAAUUGCUUCUGCAGGCUAGUGAGAAAUCUCGGAAAAUCAUAGAGUCCUAUUUUACUUCUGGAAAGAAACUCCAUUUUUCAUUCACACACCUUGUGUGUCGCACAGCUAUAGACGGGGAACAGGAAGGUCGCAUGGAUCUCAGCCAUCCUGUCCAUGCUGAUAAUUGUCUCUUGGAUCCUGAGGGGCAAGAGUGCUGGAAAGAGCCUCCUGCCUAUGUGUACAGGGACUACAGUGGCAUUCUCUACCUCAAUGAUGACUUCCAAGGUGGGGGCCUUUUCUUCACUGAAAUGGACACUGUGACUGUCACAGCCGAGGUGCAUCCCAAGUGUGGGAGGCUGGUAGCCUUCAGCUCUGGCAAGGAGAACCCCCAUGGCGUGUGGGCCGUGAGCCGCGGACGGCGCUGCGCCAUUGCCCUCUGGUACACGCACUCCCAGGAGCACGCUGAGCAGGAACGGGUGAAGGCAGAGGAGCUGAUGGAGCAGAGGGCUGCGGAGAAGGACCAGCCCGAUGGAGAUAAACAUCAGGGAACUGAUGGCAGCAGCAGAUCCUCCUCAGAGUCUCAUGCUCCCAGCCGCACAACCAAGCCUGCAGAUCAGAGACAGAAGCCUGGCUUGGACAGGAAGCAGCACCCCAAGGUGCUACGGGCCAGAGAUGAGUUCUGAGUGCCCGGGGCCCUGUGGACUGUCACACACCAUGGCCUGGCAGGUCACGGGAGGACCGGGACCACGGAGGCCUGGAGCAGUGUAUUAGUGUGGUAGAGCUGUAGUGAUGGGGAGGGGUGCAGCUUUCUUCUCUGUGGUGUCCCAGCAGCUGAAAAACGGGAGAAGAGCACAGUGUGGAAGUCAGUGACACCAGGAGCUUUCUUCACUGCCUCACCGUGUUUGUCUCACUCAGAAGCAAGAAGACAAGGUUUUCUCACCCUGCUCCUCUCAGUGCCAACUUCUUGGCCAUCCAGGGCUAAAUCUGAGAGGGGAAGGAGGAGCCUGGAAUCUUUUGGCAAGGGCUAUCUCACAUUCAAGAACUCAUAACUAAAGCCUUUGAAUUUCCUAAGCGCCUGCAAGCUCCAGAACCUCGCAAAGUGACCUGAGACAGGGAAGGUGAGAGACUGUGAAUAUAUGAAAUAAAAGCCAAAUGCUGGACACAGAUGUUGAUGAGA